GUGGAAAACUAUCGAUAAAUCAAGUGGGAGCCCUGGACUGCAGAGUGCACGUUUUUCUCCCAAGACAAACCUGGUAUCCCUGCAAGUGACUCAAACAAGACCUCAACAUGGUGUCGAUGGGACGACAGAUGCUGGGCUUAAUCCUGGCCAUCAUUGGCUUCCUGGCGACCAUCAUUGUGUGUGCCUUGCCCAUGUGGAGGGUCACAGCCUUCAUUGGAGCCAACAUAGUGACAGCGCAGAUCAUCUGGGAAGGCUUGUGGAUGAACUGUGUGAUGCAGAGCACAGGCCAGAUGCAGUGCAAGAUCUAUGAUUCUUUGCUGGCUCUACCUCAGGACCUUCAGGCUGCCAGAGCUCUUGUGAUCGUUUCCAUCAUCGCUGCUGCCUUUGGUGUCAUCCUGGGCAUCGUGGGAGGCAAGUGUACCAACUUUAUGCAGGAUGAAAUUUCCAAAGUCAAGGUGGCCAUUGCUGCUGGAGUCGUCUUCAUCAUUGCCGGUGUUCUUGUCCUCGUCCCUGUCUGCUGGUCUGCCAACACCAUCGUCAGAGAUUUCUACAAUCCCCUUUUGACCGACCCUCAGAGGAGAGAGAUGGUGUCGAUGGGACGACAGAUGCUGGGCUUAAUCCUGGCCAUCAUUGGCUUCCUGGCGACCAUCAUUGUGUGUGCCUUGCCCAUGUGGAGGGUCACAGCCUUCAUUGGAGCCAACAUAGUGACAGCGCAGAUCAUCUGGGAAGGCUUGUGGAUGAACUGUGUGAUGCAGAGCACAGGCCAGAUGCAGUGCAAGAUCUAUGAUUCUUUGCUGGCUCUACCUCAGGACCUUCAGGCUGCCAGAGCUCUUGUGGUCGUUUCCAUCAUCGCUGCUGCCUUUGGUGUCAUCCUGGGCAUCGUGGGAGGCAAGUGCACCAACUUUAUUGAGGAUGAAAUUUCCAAAGUCAAGGUGGCCAUUGCUGCUGGAGUCGUCUUCAUCAUUGCCGGUGUUCUUGUCCUCGUCCCUGUCUGCUGGUCUGCCAACACCAUCAUCAGAGAUUUCUACAAUCCCCUUUUGACCGACCCUCAGAGGAGAGAGAUGGGGGCUUCGCUCUACAUCGGCUGGGGUGCAGCUGGGCUUCUCAUCCUGGGUGGUGGCCUCCUCUGUAGCUCCUGCCCGCCCAAAGACAGCCAAGAGUAUCCAGUCAAGUACUCCGGUGCCAGGUCGACAGCAACCAGCCAAGCCUACGUCUGAGAGAUCGAUUCCCCUGGAAAAGACUGCAAAUUAUUUUUCUUUUAUUAAGUGACACUCCUUCAUUAUGAGCUUCUUACUUGAUUGUGACAGCAAGAACUUAUUUUCUGGGAAAUUAAGAUUUCUUUGGUGGAGGCAAGAGAGAGCGUUUCUUGAGGAAAGACAGACACAGUACAAAGAUGUGAUGUCAAACUACAGUCCUGGCAAGAAAAUCUUCAACAGCAACAGCAUAAUGACUGGACUGAAUGAGAGCUAUUCUAUAUAAAACUUGUA